AUCCUCCAGUUCGACCGGCAGGGUCACAUCAAGUAUCCUCAGCUGCUAGGAGGGGAGGCCCUGCAGCGGUUUCAGCGCGCUGUGGAGGAGGAGAUCAGCGGGAAGAUGCUAGAGGAAGUCAAGCACAUCAUGCGAGUGCUGGGGGAGGACUCGGAGGACGACAGGAUCAAGGAGGAGGCGCUGAGGUGCGAGGAUGCAGAGGAAGGCCUCGUCCUCCUCCAGAGGUGGUGCGAGGAGAAGUGCAUCGAGGUCCCUUUCCUCCAGGGCUUCAACCUCCACUGGGGGACAAGCAAGGCUGCUGCUGUAAUUCGUGCGCUCUCGCUCAGCGAGUGGAUGGGGAAGGCAACAGCGCAGCUACUCGGAGUGGACUCUGUGCGGCUCUACCAGACGAGCUCCUUCUUCAAGAGACCAUCUCAUGGUGAGACGACUUGGCACACGGAUCUCAACACCGCUCCACUCGACACCAACGGCAUGGUCACCUGCUGGAUAGCUCUCUCUCCUGUCCUCGACGAGGAUCAUUCUCCCCUCCUCUUCGCCUCUGGCUCUCAUCGAGACUUUGCGCUUCCUUACUGGUUGUAUACCUGUAAGGGGAUGCAAACUUCAUCUGAUCGCAGAUACCCUCGAGCCUGUCAUGCUCCCCUUCUCCCCGGCGACGCCACCUUUCAUCACGGUUGGAUCCUUCAUGGAGCUCCUCCGAACUUCUCUGGAAAGACGAGGAAGGCAUUUGCGUUGACCUACAUCGCGGAGGACGCGAAGCUGCUG